AAAAAAAAACACGUCGCGCGGAAAGUUGUAUCAAGUAUAUGUAUUUUUUAAACCCUUCGAGGUGUAGGACUCACCCUGCGCUCCCGCCCAUAAAGUGCAUAAAGAAUUUGUGUAUUUCUUCAACUCCUAUGCGGUGUAGGCGUCUUUUCACCGCCCCCGUGCCAGUGUCUAGUGUUUUGCGCCACGCUCUGACAACGCAACGCCGGCAGUGCGUGUGUUCCAACUGGAAAUAAUGUGAAAUCAUUAUGAUUUAUAAUUGUUAUAGGCGUAAUUAGUUAUUACGCAUUGUGUUUAAAUUCAAUGAAUCCACCCCUGAUGGCGAAAUCAACGUGAAAUGGAAACAGUUGGGAUCCAGUGGCUGGAGAAGAAGAACCAACGGCUGCUAAAACAGGGCAAGAGCGAAAGAGAGCGAAGGCAAACAAACGAAACAAAAGAAACAACACAAGUAAUUUGCGUCGGCUGUUAGUGGUGCUGGCUCGACAUCAGACCCAGCCACACAUCCAGCUUUGAAAGCAGUUGUCGCAUCCGUCGAAUACCUCCCAGAGAUAUUUGCAUUCACAUCUACAGCAAUGGUGAUUAGCCAACCCGAUACGACGCCCCAUGGAGCAGCGGGUGGUGCGGGCGCAGGAGCCACGACAGAAUCCGCUACUCCUGGGGGACUCGACGGCACUGGCAACAGUUCAGCGCAUCCAUCGGGGAUACCGCAGGAUCAAAUAGACAAUAUCAUGAGCAGCAUCCACAAUACGGGCAACGUCAAGAUGAACAAUCACCGCAAAAAGCUGCGUCAAAGGUUUGACAUUAUUAAGAAGCUGGGACAAGGCACCUACGGGAAAGUGCAGUUAGGAAUUAAUAAGGAGACCGGUCAGGAGGUGGCCAUCAAAACUAUAAAGAAGUGCAAAAUCGAAGCAGAGGCUGACUUGGUGCGCAUACGGCGCGAAGUGCAGAUAAUGAGCUCUGUGUAUCACCCGAACAUUAUCCACAUCUACGAGGUGUUCGAGAACCGCGAGAAAAUGGUGCUUGUCAUGGAGUUUGCCGCAGGCGGCGAACUUUACGACUACCUGUCUGAGCGGAAGGUCCUUAGCGAGGAGGAAGCCCGUCGCAUUUUCCGCCAAGUAGCCACCGCAGUCUACUACUGUCACAAACACAAAAUCUGCCACCGGGAUCUCAAGCUGGAGAACAUCCUGCUGGACGAGAAGGGCAACGCUAAGAUUGCCGAUUUUGGUCUCUCAAAUGUCUUCGAUGAUCAACGCCUGCUGGGCACGUUCUGCGGCUCACCACUGUACGCCUCCCCAGAGAUCGUGGAGGGUACCCCGUACCAGGGACCCGAGGUGGACUGCUGGUCUUUGGGCGUACUCCUUUAUACGCUGGUCUACGGCUCCAUGCCAUUUGACGGCUCCAACUUUAAGCGGCUAGUCAAGCAAAUUAGCCAGGGGGACUAUUAUGAGCCGCGAAAACCCUCGCGCGCCUCCACCCUGAUUCGCGAUAUGUUGACGGUUUGUCCAAAAAAGCGAGCCACCAUCGAGCAGAUCUGCUCUCAUUGGUGGGUGAAUGAGAAUGAUAACGUGUCCUGCCUGGAUCUAGCCGAGGACCUGGCCAACCAAACGCCUGUUCGGCUUGAUGUGCUGCUCUCCCUCACGCCUUCAGCCAUCACGCCGGACCAGUUGGUGGUGCCGUCAGCGGAUGGAGUAGCUGCUGCUAAGGCUGCAGCCAACGAACGCGUCCCACGCUCGCACUCCGUGGGCUCUAUCCGGGAUAUGGGACCACCAAAUACGGAGGCGGAGCGCCGUAUACUGGACAUGGUUGCCGCCGGAGGUGAAGCAGCUUUGAUGCCCUCGCCUACCAGGACCAUUACUCCUGCCCAGAGCCCGGUGCAAACCAAGAGGAAACUGCAACCUACUGUGUCCAUGGAGAAUGCGGCAGGAAACACGGCCAAAAAGGAGAAGCCGGCAAACAGCUCUUUUGUGAUCAGAGUGGGUGCACCACAAGUAACUCCACUAGCUGAGAUACCACAGGCUAUCGUCAUACACCAGGACAUGCCAAUGGAGGCGGAUCCGAUUGGUCAUGCUUCGGAGGAAGCUGGCGCAGCUCCCAGUUACUCCCAGAAAGACAUGCAAAUGGUUGGCGAUUUAUGCGAGCAACUGAUCGGCGGCGGCAUCGGUAAUACUAAUAUCACAUCGACCAUGCCACCAUCAGGUCCAUCAGCAGUUGCCCGCGAGGCCACCAGAGGAAAACUAGGUGCGGUGGCGGAGAUUCCUGAGGAGAAGGACGCCACAAAGGUGAUAAAGAAGUUUGUAAAUAAGCACAAGACGGCCGAUCUGGUCAAUGCCAUUAAUGAGUGCGCCUCCAAAGCCGGGCAGCCGGCAGUAGGAGCUGCACAGCCUCCUCCGUUUGUGCGCAAGUGCAGUCUGCAGGAUGAAUCCACGUUAAAUAAUUUCAACGCCGAUCGCCGAAAAUCCCGCAUCCUAGAGACAGCAGAGAAGUUCCAGCCCCCGCCGCCAGUAACCCUGACUGCAGAGAAGCCUAAGAAACUCAGCAUACCCGGUGUAAGUGUGGGCAGCUUUAAGAAGGAGUUUGAGCGGAAGGCCAUCAAUCCUCCGGCUACGGGAAGCCCCACUCCCGGUGAGCUGAGGGCCCAGGAGCAAGUGGCGGCCGCUGCGGCUGCUGCUCAGGAAGCUGAGGCCUUGGGAACUCCACCCGCAUCGCCAGUGUUGGCCAGUCAGUCCCUCGAGGCCAGUGACUCUAAGAACUCGGUGUCAUCCCUUUCGCUGGACGAGGCGCGUCGUUCCAUGGAGAACUCCAUUGCCCUUUUGCUGCAAGCCCAGAAGGAGUCCAGCAAAGAGGUUGAUCAGCUGUGCGCCCAGACGGAGACCAUCGGUGUUAACGAGCCCGUGACGCUGCAGGAUCGGGAGCGUAAGUUGAAGAACGCUCGCGCUAUCAUCGGAAAUGCAAUUCAACCGGCCUCGCCAGGAGAAGCCGAGGGACCGCCCACUCCGCCGGCAGCGGUUAAGACGUCGACGGCCUCAAUAACGCUAAAAUCGGCCACUCUGCCGCGACGCAAGAUUAACGCCAAGGCUGAAGUACAGCUAGACAUUAAACCGCGGAUUCUGGAGCAGUCAGCGAUGCCGCAAUCGGCGAUGCGCUUUAGCACAGAGAUGCAGCAUCCGGUUGCUGACCUGCGGAGCGCCCCACCCCGCGAGGGCCCAAUCCCAUACAGCCCCAUCAAGACGACGCUCCAAGCCAGGGCCACUAGUCUGGAGCCCAAGGAGCACGUCAUCACCAUACAGCGGCCGCCCACGCAGCAGGCCUACGGACGCUCCGGUUCAAACACAACUACGCGUUCCGGCUCGCUCUCACGACAGUCGACGGUGGAAUCCGAGUCUGAUGCUGCAACCACGACUACGAACAUGUCGCAGGCUACAGUCACCAGUCAAGGCACCUCGCAGCCCAUUAAGAAGAGUCCGAGGGAGUUCAUCAUACCGAUUGCUGUCGAGGGUGGCGGUUUUGUCACACCGCGGGAGCGUAGCGUUGAGCCCUCUGAAUUGAGUCACACCACCAGCAGUCGGUCCACAUUCAGUCGCCUGCGUCCUUCGCGUCGCAUAGGCUCACUCCUAAGCGAGGCCGGCUUCGACGAAGGCUCGCCAUUCCAAAAGAUGCGCACCACUUCGAUAACCCGGGAUGGCGGCAGCGGAGGUGCUGAGGAGGAGCCUCGCUUCACCCCCCACCGACUCAGAAGUUCAAGACCUGUCAAGAAAAUUAGUCAAGACAACGACUCGCAAAGCUCAAAUGAGGAGGACGAGGAUGACGACGAUGGCUUUGAAAUACUCACGGCGGAGAAUCUGUUUUCGACGCUGCUCCAGCGGGUGCGGGCCCUGACGAAUCGCUUAAAUGUCAACAGCGACCUGCCUGUUGGAUUCCCCAGCCAUUCUAGUCGCCUGCUGACAGAUAUUUCGCGGCAGGCCCAUAGUCACAGUCCGUUCUGGAGCCAAGGAGGUCCCUUCACCAGUGUGCAAAGAUCCCAAGUUAGUUAUACGUUUAGCGAGACGGUUGAGAAAAAGAAAGUUCGCCUAAACAGCAGCAGCAACAGUACCGGGCUUGGCGCGCCCUGGAGGCACAGCAUGUCCCGGGACUUGGGGAGCGACAUGGAAUCGAUGUUUACGCGUACAGGGGCCACGCUCCCAAGAGGUCACCAAGGCUCCAUGGGAAAGCCCAGCUCUGCACCUGGCCAUGUGGAAAGAGGGUCAACCGAGUCAAAAACAAAUUCAGCAAACAGCGAGGAGCCACUGGACUUGGCCGACCUCGAUCUGUCCCGCCUGAAGCUCAGCAAAAAGGACUUGGCGACCUUGUCUAGCAUAACUCCGGGACUGCCCAAAUGCUUCCAGGAGCAGCUUCUAGCUAAGCUGCCGCCCACCCAGGCCCGGAAGCUAUCACGCACCCUGAGCGUUCAGUCCGGUGCACCCAGCAGUUCCUCCACGCCAAAGGCCUACAAGCGCAGUCAAAGCGGGGGCAGGGGCCAUACUUUGGAUCAUCAGCAGCGGCAGAACGAUUUGUUAGACUUUAGAUCUAAGACCGAUGCACCUAAGACAACUUCUGCAAGUUCUGCCAUUUACCGGAGGAGCCUUAGCCGCAGCCAGACGCCUGCGCAAUCCUCGGUACAAGAAGCGGAGAGUAGAUCCACACAAAGCACUAAGAGCCGGGGCAGCAGUGCCUGUAGGGACGACUACGGAAAAUCGUCCUUAUGCAGCAGCAGCACCUACACCAGUGAAAUCAGCGACAAGUAUAAGUACUUCCCCUAUUUAAGCAAGUCAAGCAACGUGAGUCCAUCAAUUGCUCCAACAGAUGCCCAGGAGAAGGGCUAUAGUGGCGGUUUGGGGCGUCCUCCGAGUGGGUGCCUCUCACCUCCACCUCAACUCCCACAAGUUCCUGUCUCAGAGGGUACCAGCUCCCUUCGGAUCGGACGGUCCUCGCAGCGCCGAAUCUCGCGCUUUCUGCGACCCGACUUCUUUGAUGAUUCCAGAGAUCGGGAAACCCAAACAAUGUUAAUGGAGAUACGGGAAAAGUCCAAUGACCAGCAUGACCAGGGGCAGCUACAGUCUCAGGAUUUGAGGCAACGAAAGCACAGCUUACCAAAUGUGGAGCAAACGGAGCCACCUUUAAAUCCAGGAUCCAUUCCAUUAUCCAUUCGUCAUUCGCGCAAUAAGAGCAUGGAACUAUUUACUGAUCUGCAUUCAAAAUUAGUUCAGCCUUCUAGUGUCCGGCUACGAAGUUCAAGGUCUCGGGAGCGGGAAACGGAUCUAGAUAAACAUGAACUGGCGGACAAUAUACUGCAAGAGCUGCAACUCCUUUCCGCUGCGAGAACUCAAAGUGAGCAGACUAAGGAUACUGAAAAAGCGGAGCAGACUUCCACCAUUAGAAAAACCAGAAAGGUGAAACCCAAGGAGACCACAGCCAGUGAACCAGAAGUAGGCAGAAUUUCAACUGCAAAUACGUCGACAACGAUGGCUAUGGUGAGGAAGGUCAAGAAGGUAGCCAAGAAGGCAGAUGAGGCCAUUAAAGCCACAAAUGCAGAUAAUACUGAAUUGGCUAGCUGUGCUCCCAGGGAAACCAAGCUAAAGAGGCCGAAGUCGUACCCCAUGAAGGAUCUCGCACAGAGUAUCAAGACCCCCGCAGAUCUGACUGAGCAGACCUCCUCAAUCAUGCCCAGCAAAUUGCCCAGCAAGCUUACCUCAGCAGUGACCAAUGAUUCUGUCUCAACGGAACCUGCUACUCGAGAGAGUCGACUGAUCAGACCAAAAAGUUACCCGGCCACAAAGUUGGCCAUUCCCAAAGAGCUGCGAAAGGUUACGCGAAGCGGAGUGGCUAUACCAACAAUAGCUGAAACCAUUCCAGUUUCCACAGUUAUGACCAGUACCACUAGUUCCAAGUCCACAUCGGAAGAGAAAUCACUGUCGGCCACGUCCACUGGAACCAUAACGACGGUUACGGAUGCAAAGGACACUGGAACCUCCUCAAGCGAUUCGCGAUCUACCACCAUUAAGAAGAUUAUCAAGGUCUCAAAGAAGUCUAAGCUGGUGCCACCCAUACCAGUUACACCGACCACUCCGGCAACUACUGCAACAACUACUGAUGUAGAUAGCUCUAAGGAAUCCAGUCCGGUAAUCAAAGUAAAGGAAAAGUCACCUGAGAAGAAAUCCAGCAAGGGCUUGCUUUAUGCCCUAGGUCAAAAGUUUGAGAAACUACGAGACUCUGCGAUGAGCAAGGAAAAAAAGCAUGGAUCCACCGGAGGAGCUGCUUCUCUGGCCUGUACCCAAAACCGGGAAUCGUCUGAAAAUCGCAUGUCUCCAGAAAAGUCAAAGAAAAAAUUUUUCGAUAGCGGGAAACUGGAACUGGAACUGGAACCGGAACUGGAACUGGAACCCACGGAAGACAAGCGAUUAGACAAGAGAUCUCGUUUUGAAACUAUGCUGGGAUCCUUCAGAGAAAGAUCAGUGCCAAGAAAUCAGCCCAAUGAAAUUAUGCGUCCCAAGCGGGCGGCCAGCGUUGAGGAACUGCACGCGGCCUCUCAAGCGGCUCAGGCUAAGCAAGGAAGUGCAGUUAACAAGAUGUUCGGUGGUCUACUGCGCCGCUUCGAUAGGGAGAUCAGUGAACAGCGGCGGGUUAGGAGUACUCGUUCCACCAGCAACAUUGAGCGUCAGCUUCGAGAGGAGCAGGAUCCGCAGGGGGAUGUCUUGCUGCCAACCUCGCCCAUCUAUCAAAAUGUGGUCAAGGCCACUAAGGUGAAUAUUUGUCCACUACCAACCAACGAGGAGAACUGCAACUGUGAGACGGCCUGCCCUGAUUGCAGCCAAAACACCAGGCAAAGCUUUCAGACCUCCAGCAAUAUACCGCCGUCAGCCGCGACAAUCAACAAGGAGAAGCGCAAGGGGCUAAUGCUGGAUUUGGCCGGCGCCAAUGGGUCGAGCAACGCCUGUUCCGGUGAGUUGUCCACUGCCCCCGCAUCAACAGGGGGCAUCAGCUACCGAGGAGCUAAGACGAACCCAGCUUUGCUCAAUGGAAACUCUGUAUUGGGAAUCUACUCUAACUUGCCACCCUAUCCGGGUGCCAUUAAGAGCGCUAGCUCCAAUAAUAGCUCCAGCCAGCAGUCUACGGAGAACGCCACCAACAACAAUUCGACCAACACAAACCACAACUCCAAUUCCCAGACCUCCGGCUACAGGACUUCCUCGGCAUACGAGAUCAAUAGGAACAAUACGCUGCUAACGCCCUCCAGCGAAAACAUUGCCAAUUGCUCGUCGGACUCCCAUAGCUGCCAGGACGAAUGCGCCUCUACCUCUACAUUCCUCUCACCCACCGAAGAGCCGGAACUGUACUUUGACAACUGGUCCAUAUGCUCCGAGGACAACUUUAUGUUACACGCUACACCCUCACCAACGGUCUCCCGUCUAUCUAGGGCGUCCCUGUCCUCACCCACGCGCUGCUCCGAGAGCUCCGAUCCUAACGAGAGUGUGAUCGACCGGAUCAAGAGGCGAAGCUUCUACAGUCGAUUCAAUGAGCAUAAAAAACCGCGUCGCACCAGCAGUAUAGUGGGUCCCUCGGCGGUAAGGGACUACUACCGGGAGCAGCAGGCGUCGGUUAAGGCGCGCUCCAGUCACAAGGUGCACGCCGCAGAUCUAGAUCCACCACCGAUACGAACGCACUCUCCGGACAUAGCCCAGCAGUUCUUCAGGCCCCUUAAAUUGAGUCCCGUGGGAACGGAGCUCAAGCCUCCUGUCUACCGCUCACCUCUGGACUACUCCUCGUCUUCAGCGGGAGCUACUAGCAAGCCGAGGCAGAGCCUGAAUGACAUUCGGAAUUCCUCUCCUUCGUUUAUCAGCAAGCGUUAUGAAACGCACGACUACACCUCCGUGCCCAUGCGUUACAAGACCUCCUCGAGCUCGAGUCCUAGCAAUGGAGCGAUCCCAAGUGGCUACUACAACACAUACAAUCCAAAAAGACGCUCCUCCUACACGAUAAAUGGUAGCCUGCCUACCACCAACAGCACAGGUAGCGGCGCAGCAAGCAGCCACCUGGAUGGUUAUGCAACCAUUGGUAGACGAUCCAUCCGGGCGUAUGAUCACAGGACGAUGUCCCUACUUGAGCCCUCGACGGCCAGCAGCAGGAGCGGAGAAGGCACCUCCUCCUACCAGCGGAGAGAGACGCGCACUCCUGUUCGAGAUUACACAUCCAGCAUUUCAAGAUCUGGAUCGCAUUAUCGCACUUCAUCUGCCACGCGCAGUCCCACAAACAUUUGAUGUACCACACCGCAGAAUGGUUUCUGCAUAUUCUGCUAUUACUCUAAGCGAAAGAAGGCGCCUCCCGGAUACGGACAGGAAAGCGGGCACGGUUACAGACAUGGACAGGUCUUAGGCACGCCACCCAACACUACCGCCUCGUCAUUAUCCUCCCGCGCCAGCAGUGGUGACUCCAGGAAGACACUGCCACAGCAACAUUUUCACCUGCAUCCUACUCCCAAUCAGAUCAUGCAGCCUGGCCCCUUUCAGCAUCAUCGUCACACAAACGAGCACAAGUUCUAGACUGGUCCCGAAUAGAGAGAUUUUUUUAUAUUUUUUAUAUGGAAACUAGAAAAAAGUUAUACUCUAGUUAAGAUAUUUGGAUGUUACCAAUAUAGUCUUAGGUUUAUUGGAGCUCAGAACGUAGCGGUUAUACCGGAGUUCCGGACAUACAUACAUAAAUCGUGGCUUAAUAUACGAUUUUCAAAUGAUUGUGCCUUGGUUUUUUCGGUGGUUUUAUAUUUAGCCAAUAUCCAUAUAACGUUGAUUUUAGUAUGUAAAUGAGUAAGCGGAACCGAAACGAAAACAGACAAAGGUGAAGAUUAAGAGAGUGACAUGUUCUACAGAUAUUUAUAUGUAUUUUAUAUGCUGUAUUUUGUAAGGAAAUCUCGUGCCGAAAAUACGUUAAACUGUCUAUUAACUUUAUUUUAACUAGAGUUUUUUUGCAUGCAUACAAAACUGAUGAUUUUAUUAAAUUUAUUCGUUUCCCUAGAUCUUUUAAUAUUAUUGCUAAAUAAUAGAAAAUAUGCAAAUUGCGAGCGAAGAGUCACAAACAAAUAGCGAAUUUAAAUUAACAAAUUAUGGAACCAACAAAAAAUACUUGAAGCGUUUUGGAUAAAAUCGGAAUUCUAAAUAAAAAAAGAUGUAUUAAGAGCGUGAGAAGAAGCGGUGUAUUUAAAAAUAAAUGCUGAGUCAACGAACAUAA